CCACCUAGCUCAAUAUUCUGCACCUCUCAUGAAACAUUAUAAAGAUUCAUUCUGAAGUUUUGUGUAUAGAAUAAUAGGAAUUACUUAAAUAUAUCAUCUGAUUUUAUACUAUUACAUUAAGUGGAAUGGAGCGAAGUAUUCAUGAAAUGUUAAAAGAUGCCCCAUCUUUAAAUGAUAGUGAUAGUGCAGUCCACAGUGGGACUCCUCCACCUCAUGUACCAAACAAUUGUAGUAAUGAUAGUCAACCAAGACCAGCUACAAUAAAUUUAACUUUGGGUAGUCCUACUUCACAAGUGUCUGUAACAGUAUCACCAAACACGCCUAUCCAAAAUGGUGAUACACAAACAAUGCGUACUGCUCAAAGUAAAAUUGAAAGCAUUAAAAAUUGGAGUAUUUCUACUUACAAGUGUACAAGACAAUUAAUGUAUGAAAAACUUGGAAAAACAUCUCGUACAGUGGAUUCAGAGCUUGAAACACAAAUUGAAUUAUUAAGAGAUACUCAGAAAAAAUAUUGUAAUGUUUUACGAUUAUCAAGAGCAUUAGCUUCUCACUUUCAUCAUGUUGUUCAAACACAACAUGCUUUAGGAGAAGCAUUUUCUGAAUUAGCACAGAAAUCUCCAGAAUUACAAGAAGAGUUUCUAUACAAUUCAGAAACACAAAGAAACUUGACUAAAAAUGGUGAAACAUUACUAGGGGCCUUAAAUUUUUUUGUUUCAUCCGUAAAUACACUUUGUAAUAAAACUAUUGAAGACACAUUACUUACAGUACGACAGUAUGAAACAGCAAGAAUAGAAUAUGAUGCCUAUAGAACAGAUCUUGAAGCAUUAGCACAAGCAACAAAAUCUGAUGGUAGCAAUGCAGCAAGAUUAGAAGAGGCACAAGCUAAUUAUGAAGAACAUAAACAAAAUUUUGAAAAAUUAAGAUCAGAUGUUUCAAUUAAACUCAAAUUCUUAGAUGAAAAUAGGAUCAAGGUAAUGCAUAAACAGUUAUUACUGUUUCAUAAUGCUGUCUCUGCAUACUUUUCUGGUAAUCAAACAGCACUAGAAGCUACAUUGAAACAAUUUAACAUAAAGAUUAAAUCACCAAAUUCAUCUUUACCAUCGUGGCUGGAGCAGUAGUUACUCUAAAAGAAAUAAAUGCAUGUUUUCAAAGGUAUGAAUAAAAGGCACAUUCGUCCAAACGAAUUUCUUUCUAAACAAUGGAGGAAAUGACAAGGUAGAAUAACUUCAGAAGUUCUCAGAAAUGUUACAAAACACUGCUGUUAAAUAAUUUAUCAUUUCAAAUGAUUUUUGGAGCAGAAGUGGAUAAAUAAUGUAAAAUCAGACUGAAUUUUUUCUCUUUAACAUUAGCCAAUAUCUGUAUGUGGUUCAUGCAUCAGCAAAUCUUGAUUAUUAGUUAAAAAUAUGCCAGCUGAAGGAUUUGGUAAAAUCUCUCUUUAUUCAAUAGUGAUGCUUAUAAAACUUUAAAGGCAAUAGAUAUUUAAUUUUUAUAUCAGGCUUCUUAGAGAAGUCCUAAUGUAAAUACAUGAAAUACGAUAUACUGAGCUUUGAAUUUUAUAGUAUGUACAAAACAGUAUUCAUUGGUUCUUUAUAUUACAUUUUGCACCAGUCUAAUAGGUAUAUCACUGUUGCUAAUAAGAAAACCAGAAUGAAUUGAAGAAAGUUUUAAGGUUACAUAUUUUUUGUACUUUUUAUCCCAUUUUAUGGAUCAAAUGUCGAUUGAAUUUUAAUUAUUCAUCUCAACUCGCUACAUAAUCAUUUAUUCUUCAUUUGAACACAUAUAAGUUAAUGUGUUUCAUUAAGCCAUAUAUAAUUACAUAACAGUUUUAAUACUUCCUAAUAUGUAUUAAAUUUUGUAUAUUUCUAUAUCUUAUUUA